ACGUCGGCUCAGAUACAACGGCUUGUGCUCGAAUCGCCCGUCCCCGUACUACUCGAUGUGUACGCUGAUUGGUGUGGACCGUGCAAAGUUCUCGGUCCAGCGUUGGAAGAAAUGGCGAUCAAGUCCGGUGGAGCUUUUCGACUUGUCAAGGUCAACUCAGACAAUGAACGACCAGUAUCUACUUCAUUGGAAGUUAAGGCUUUGCCGUCUGUGUUUGGCCUCAAAGAUGGAAAA